UGGGUAAAUACAGCUCCGAUUCUGACGACGAUAGACGAAAGAAAUACAAGUCUUCCAAGAAACGCGACAGGCGGAGCAGAAGCCGGGAACGACGUAAAAGGUCGCGUUCCCGGGAACGGAAACGAAGUCGAUCAAGGAGUAGCAGUUAUGACGACUACAGAAGGAGCAGGUUUGGAAUUCUGGAACCAACACAUUUUUCUGUCGCGUUUCUUUGUUUCCCUGGUAAAUAAGAGACUAAUUUAUGAUCGUCUGCUUUUCCUUCUUGAUAAAAAAAAAUCAGAUCAAGUCGAAAAGGUGAGUAGUUGCCGUAUAAACUUUUUACGUCUGACAACUAAUUAUGAAGCACUGAUCUGAAAUAGUAGAAGAGGGUUGUCAAAAAGAUUUCAAGUAGCAGGAGAAUAAGGGAAAGAAGCCAGCACGCUGACUCGUCUCCAGUCGUCUCUCAUUCUUAGUAUUUGGUUUGGAAGACUAAGCGCUUCCCUAGUAAAUAAUAGGCUGAUUUAGCGACAGAACGGGAACAUCAGUCGACAACGGCGCGCGCAAAUCAAACAACUGGCUUGACCAAUGGCAGAGUGGCAAAUUGAGCAGUGGAAGUCGUGUUUAGUCCUUUCCGCGUGCCUUCCUGUCAUCAACUGAUGUUCCUGUCCAGGGAACGGGACGGGAACGUCAAAUGACAAAGGGAAAGCAUGCGGAAAGGACUCAACGCAACUUCUGGUGCCCAAUUUGCAGCUCUGCCAUUGGUCAAGCCAGUUGUUUGUUUGAUGUUACUAGGGAUAUGUGUUCCUGGGUAGGGUAAACCCAUUUCACUUGGGAUAUGUAUUUCAUGGGAGCCGAAGGCCCCCCACCAGGCAAGAGGUCUGGGGGCAACACACCACUUGGGAUAAUAUCCCUAAUGAAAUGUGUUCAUAUCACUAAGGAUAUGUGUUUCCUGGGUGGGGGAACUCAUGUCACUAUUUAUGUGUGUUUCUUGGAUAGGGGAAUACAUAUCACUAGGGAUAUGUAAUAUGUGUUCCUAGGGAGGGGAAAAACAUUUCACUUGGGAUAUGUAAUAUGUGUUCCUAGGGAGGGGAAAAACAUUUCACUUGGGAUAUGUAAUUUUGGGGUAGAGGAACACAUAUCAGUAGAAAUAUGUGUUCUUGGAGUAGGGGAACACACAUCACUAGGGAUAUGUGUUCCCCUACCAAUUAAACACAUAUCACUAGUGAUAUGUGUUCCCCUACCCUGGAAAGAUAUUUCCCUUGUGAUAUGUCUUCCCCUACAUGGGAAACUUAUAUCCCUAGUGAUAUGUGUUGCCCUACUCGGGAAACAUAUAUCCCUAGUGAUACGUGUUCCCCUACCCUGGAAACACAUAUCCAUAGGAUAUGUGUUCCCCGGGUAGUGGAACACAUAUCACUAAGGAAAUGUGUUUCCUGGGUAGGGGAAAACAUGUUACUAGGGAUAUGUGUUCCUGGGUAGGGUAAACCCCAUUCACUUGGGAUAUGUAUUUCCCAGGUAGGGGAACACAUAUCACUAGAAAUAUGUGUUUCUGGGUAGGGGAACACACAUCACUAGGGAUAUGUGUUCCCCUACCCAUGAAACACAUAUCACUAGGGAUAUGUGUCCCCCUACCCAGGAAGUAAAUAUCUCUAGUGAUAUGUAUUCCCCUACCCAGGAACAAAUGUCACUAGUGAUAUGUGCUCCCCUGCCUGGGAAACAAAAAUCUCUAGUGACAUGUGUCAAUGUAAGAAUUUCAGUCCCAAACAACUGUCAGGUCUGAUAGGGGUACUGGAUUAAUUUUUAUUCAGGGCAAUGAUCACUCCCGCUAAAUGUGCAAUAGCAGCAUACUAAGACUCAGUGUCCUCAGCUGGUUUUUGGGAUGGGAUUUUAAAGCAAAAUGGGGGAGAGAUUUGGGAUUGAAAGUAUGCACGACAUACAGGAUGCCCCAAAUAACCAUUAGGAUUAAGGGUGGAAUUUUAUUUACCAAGUAAAAAUGUAAAUGGGUGCUGUUCUCAGGUCCCACUGGCAGCUGUUAUCAAUCUAUUUUAUGAGUUUACAGUAACCCACCUACUCAGAAUGACGUGGGAGCAACUUCAGAAUACCUGGCCACAAAUUUUCCUGUUAAAUGUACUGCUACUGCGGUCCACAGCCCACAGUCAGUGAAAAGGAAUUUUGUGUGUAAAUAUAUUGCUACCGUGGUCCGUAGUCUUGUAGUAAGAGUCGGUGAAUUUGAAAGUGAUUGAGUGUAUAAAUGUUGUGCUACCGCUGUCCACAGUCCCGUAGUCAGUGAAUUUGAAAUUAACUAAGACUGUAAAAUAAUGUUCUGCUGCCUUGGUCUUCAGUCCCAAAGUCGCUGAAUAUUAAGUUUAGUAGAGUAGCUGCUAUAUUUUAAAACUGGCUUAGUUGGGAUUUGUGGAUUAAAGAAUGAGGUAUAUUACAUUAUAGCAUGCUUGUUUCUGUUCAUGUGGAUUACAGAACCGAGUUUGUUACAUGUAUAGCAUGGCAGACCACAGUGGCAGGAGGUGUUUAGGAAUAUUUUAGUAGCUGGGUAUUCUUAGUUUAGCCAUGACAUGUGCAAUGAGGAAGACCAUACCACUGGUAAAACUUUCCCUACUAUUUUUUGAAAUGUGGGUUCUUUCACAUCCCCUUCAAUUUCACUAAUGAAAGAAAGACGAAGAAGGCAAGGCUUUUAAACCUUCAACCUAGUGAUCCGAUUAUCUUUAGUUAAUUGAGAUAAGGUCUUAACUUACAGUCAGUGUGAUCUUACCAAGACCCUGCAGGUUGGUGGUUCGGCCAGGGUUUGUACCUUUAUCCUCCUGCGCUGCAAACCAGAACUCUUCCCUACUGAGCUAACCGAGCAGCAGUUAUUGCAGAUUAGUAAUCAAGUUUUGGCAACUGCUCCCAGGCAACCACCAUAUUUUUGUAUUCUUUUCAGAUCGCAGGUACAGCCGAUCAGGCAGUAGCAGAAGCAGUAGUUAUUCAAGUGAUGAAGAAAGACGAAGAAGUACAAGAGAUAAAAAGUGAGGGGGGCCCCAUAUUGUUAUUUUUGCUUCAAGUGUUCUUUUUCUCUGUUUUUAUGUUUGGUGAUUGAUCAUAUCAAAGAAAAGAAGGAAAACAAUUCAGCCAAGAAGGAUAAAAUUUAACCAACUCAUAUAUAUUAUUUCAAUUUUUUUUGGAUGGUUCAGCAUGUAGUAUCAAGGGACCUUUUAACAAGUCACCCUGUACUUUGGUGAGGUGACAGGGCAAGUCAAAUGACACAGACUACUACACACUUAUUCCCCAUUCACACCAAGUAGAGAUGUUUCAUCGAACCAGGUUUUAAAAAACAAAAAACAGACAUGGAAAACUGGAACACAGGUUUUCACACAGGAUUCAAAUGAAAUUCAACAUGUUUUGCAAUUUGCAAAGCCUUAUGUCCAUGUGAUCACCGUGCGUGCAAUGGCUGAAUAUAAAAAAUACAGCAAGCUGAAUGAGCAAAGCAAUGUAGUGAUUAGUCAUGCACAUGAAACCAGGUCAGCCUUUUAACUCCCAAAAGUGACCGAAGUCAAAAGUAUUCAACAAAGGUUCAAAAUUUCAUUUAGGUGAAAUGAAAUUUUACCAAAGGAAUGGUAACUCCAUAUGAUUUUAUCAACAUACAAAAAUUAGAACUGCCUUGUACAACACUCCAUCAUUCACUCUGGGUAUAAAAGAAUUCAAAGAAAAUGACAGGAAAUUGUUUCCAUGUAAAUUCGGCACCUGUUUCUUCAUUGACCGUAACGAUUCCAGCUAUCACAUAGGCACCUGGCUAAACUUGAGAAAUUUCUGUAGAAGAAAGAUGUCCAUCUUAUAGAGAGUCAACUAAAAGGAGUAGAGAAAGGCAGGGACCAACUCUAGGUGUUCUAAUAGACUGAGAUGUCUGUCUUAUAGUCAGAGUCAACUAUACGGAGUAAAGAAAGGUAGAGACCAACCCUUGGUGUCCAUCUAAAAGAGAUAUGCCAAUCUUAUAGAGUGUCAACGAAAAGGAGUAAAUAAAGACAGGGACCAACUCUAGGUGUCCAUUUAAGAGAGAUGUCCAUGUUAUAGAAAGUCUACUAAAGGGAGUAAAGAAAGGCAGGGACCAAUUUUAUUCUUGGUGUCCAUUGUAGAUAGAUGUCUCACUUAUAGUCAGAGUCAACUAAAUGAGUAAAGAGAGCCAGGGACCAUCUCUAGGAGUCCAUCUUAUAGAAGUGUCUGUCAAAAGAGAGUUGAUUGUUUUUCCCUGGUUGCAUGAUAUCAGAAGUAUGUCUUACUCUCAUUCAUUUUGGCAGCAUUCUUUGUGGGAAAAAGUAAAAGGCAUAUGAUAAAAUGCUAUUACAAUGACAAAAUAAUAAUGAUAAUCCAAGUGCUGGAAAGUGCUAAUAACAUGAUAUUCAGUUCAACAUUAUCAUUAUUAUUUUUACAGGAGUUCAACCUCAAGUUCCCAGGUAAGCUUUAAAGGAGCCAGUCCAGUAUUAAUUGUCUAACAGUUGAGGACAGCAUGACAUAUUAUUAAAAGGCGAAUGCGAGAUUCUUAUUGGCAAUAAUAUUAUUACUAUCAUGAGUAAAACUUUUGAACAAGUAAUGCAAAAUAUCAUUUUUUAUUGAUGAAAUACUAUUUGGCCGGCUUGAUCAACUGGAUUGAAUCAAACUCUGUUACCCUAUCCCAAGCCCUUCACCAUUUUGUAAGUUUCAGGGGUUGAUCAGAUCCGGCCUGAUCUUGGUUUUGUUUAUGCCUGCUACAUUUCUUUAUGUCUUCUCUUUUAUCCUAGUAGUACUUUAAGUGAAUAUUUUUAUCAUUACAUUGCAUUUGUAACUCUACUUCAAUUUUUGUGUUUUGGAAUUUAGGCUUCAAGAGAACAAACCAAAAAGAAGAUGAAGAACGCUCUUGCCAAAGCAGGUAUUCCUCAGUUUUCUUGCAUUGGUUUGAUCUUUUUUUGAGAUACAGUUAAUGCUGAAAUAUCUGUCAUAGACACUGCACUGAGGGCUUGUUCACUGAAACACAAUAACAUUAUUAUCUCUUUUUUCCAGAAUCUAAAGAUGAAGUCUUGAAAAGAGAUAAAGCGACCAAAGAAUUGAGUAUGUUUCCUUUCUUACCAUGUUUUUUUUUCCUUAGAGUGUUUUGAUCAAGCGUUUCACGCCCAGAAAUGCCAAAGUCAAAAUAUUGUAAAGUUUAGAAAAAUAAAUACUGUAAACUGCUGCUUAUAUGCCCUGCUUAUAUCCAGGUUGGGUGGGGAGAGGUUUCAUUUGAAUAGCCACACCUCAGGAAUUGAUUCAUGGUAAUGUGGGAAAGUUUUCCUCAACUGUUUUCAUUUUGAUGGCAUACCACAGGAAUUGAUCCACGGACUACUACUAGUUAGAACUACCUAAUAAAAAGAUAAAAUAAAGCCAAUGUUGGGCUUGACAUUUUACAAAUUGACCAAAAAAAUAUUUAAGAAUUGUUUCAAGACCUGUUCUCAAAAUUAGUAAACAACUUUGGAAGGGAGGAAGGGAGGUACCAGGGCUAUGCAACCCACGUUAGGUUUCCUGACCUGACUGACCAGACUGAGCACAUUAAUUGAAGUUUUCUUUUUAGAACACUUAUUCUGGUAAAAAAAUAUAAGAUAAUGUUCUUUGAAUAGUAAUGAGCUCCAGACCUUGCCAUAAUCUUGACUGAUUCAUUGAACAGGAAAACUAGCACCUGACAAAGAGGCCAUAUUACGCAUAGAAAGCAACGAGUUUGUUCCUCAGUCCUUCAGUUCAUCUUCUACCUCUAGAGGACAACAGGUGAUGAUAUCAAAAUUGCGCUUCUAAAAUAUUGAAAUGUGGCCUCUGUGACGAUUAGGGGUGGUGGUGGUGGAGGGUGUGGGGCAGGGGGGGGGUGGGGGGGCUUCUUCAUUGUAUGUAUCUGCAAAUACAGUGGAAUCCCAUCAAUACGGUCACCAAUGGGCCAAAAAACUUUGGCUGUAUUAAGGGGUGACCGUACUAUACAGGGUUUUUCUACAAGAAAAUGUAUGGUGGUUUUUGCUGGGUGCCCAAAAAAAGUGGCCAUAAUAACGAUGUAGCUGGAUUACUGAAGUGGCCAUAAGGCGGGGUUUCACUGUAGGUAUUUGUGAUCCCAAAAGGUGUGGUCUUUACCCCCUUUAGUCUGAAAUUGGGUGCAGAUUUUAGACCUUUGAAUAUGAAUUAGUAUGGAUUAUUAAGAGUAAGGUUUUGUGCUUUCUGAAACCAGGGUGUAAAAUUAGGUAUAUUUUACAGGUCUGAAAUAACCAAGGGUCAGCUGAAGGGUUUCAGAAAGUAUUUUCUGCUAUCAAUAUCAAUACAUCAUCAGCAUAUAUUGUUAACUUAGUUUGUUCAUUGUCUUCCCAACCAAUCCUGUAAGACAUGUUAUCAUACUCGUUAUCUGCCUACCUACAGUUAACUUUCAAAAUCAGUGCAACCCUACAGAUUAGUUAGUUAAGUGCCAGCAGACUAGUGACUAAUCUGUAGGUUGUGCUCUCAAUUCGUGAUUUCCAAGAGCAAUGUCAAACUGUGUUCCAUGUGAUGCUGUGUUUGUCUUUAUUUUCUUCAAAAUAAUGUAUAAUCAUACAAUUUAUUAUAAAAUUCAGUUUUUGUGAUAUCCACAAUGAUCAAGGUCUCGGUGAGUCGGUGAGUGCUAUCAGCCUCGGCCUUUGGCUUGGCUGAUAAUUCUUUCCUCAACCUUGAUUAUUUGGGGUAUCAAAAAAACCUCAUCCAAUAAUAAUUAUUGUUUAUGACAUCUGCGAGGCAUCUCAAACUUCUCAAAGUAAAAAAUCGUGUUUUUUUUAAUUUUUGUGUGGUAGAGUGGUGCUAAGAACAUAGAUGGAAGUCAUGAGGAGGCCAUGUUUGGAGUUGGUGGAUCAAUACCUGACACCGCUGGUCAAACUACAGCACCUGAAGUGAAGAUAACAUCACAGCCAGUUAUAUCACAGUCAGUAGACAAGGAGGGACUGUUUGCCUCAUGGGUAAGUCUAGUGUAUAUACUGUAUAAUGCUUGCCAUAGUGUAGCUGGUGGUCUUAUCAGGGAGGGGAGAUGGUGAGAAACCAUUUAUUUGCACCCUUACCAGACAAGACCACCAGCUACAAAGGCUACUCAAAAUAGCAACUGGUGGCUUGGUUUAUUUUUUAACUGAGAAGGGGUCGCUGAUUCAAAGAGGGUCACUUACUCGUUCCUCAGAACUUCAGCCUCAAGAUGACAUUGUCUUUGUUUCAAAUGAUCAGAACCUAAAACAUUAAAACUAGAAAACUUGAAGGUUUUUUUUUACCAUUUAUGUAUAUGAGAGUACAGUCAAACUCCGUUAAUACAGCCACUGAAGGAGCCAUAAGAAGGGUCAGUAUUAACAGGGUGCCUGUAUUGCGAUGGUCAAGGUAUUUAGAUAAAAAAUACACCUUUUAUUAGAACCAAAUAAUAAAAAAUAAAAGUGGACAGACAGAGUCGAAAAAGAUUAAAAGAUUUUGAGUGUGUCCGUGGAUUCAAACCGUGGAAUGACGGCUUUGUGAAAUGGUUCUAACUUUUUUGAGUCUGUGGAUAAAAUCCAAGUGUGACCAUUCAAAUGAAAGUUGCCGAGCUGUACUUUCCUGUAGUACUGUUUAUUAUGCUGUGCAAGGUUGUUCUAACUAUUGAGUUUAUGGAUGAAAUCCUAAGUGUGACUAUUUAAAUGAAAGCUGCUAAGCAGUAUUUUCCUGCGGUACUGUUUAUUAAGCUGCAUAAGGGUGUUGUAAUUUAAUCUGAAAUGUGUUUGAAAUCUUUAUUUGUGACCAUUCAAAUGAAAGCUACUGAGCAGUUUUACCAUGUGCGUUUAAUUUUGUUUAUCACGAGAAGAUGUUGAAAAAGUUUUCAAUUAUUCUCUUUGUUUAUAUCAUUUCAGCUUCAUGAAGAUGAAGAAACUAAGACAGCUCGCUGGAUAACCAAGUUAAAAAAGAUGCGACAGGAACUCUUGGCAGCCUCAUGA